UGAACUGGAUGAUGAUGGAAUACAUUCGGACUUUAUUGAACUGGAAGUAAAUGGACUGGAUGUAACUGGAUUUGUAUUGGACCUCUCUAUCUUCUUACUGUGGAAUCUGAUUUUGUGCUCCUGUUGUUGCCAAUAAACAUCUGUUCUCCAUGAUGCUGCUCUCAUGGAUCUCUGUGAAGCAACACUUUGAGGAGACUGUUUCUCAGGCAUUAGAUGUCUUUACCACUGGUGAAAGAAAAAGUUGGAGAAGGACCCUCAUCCUCCUCAUCACCUGCAUCUUAUCGAGCCUACUGCUCAGCUCCCUGCUCCUCCUGUACCUCCUUUUUGCUGUGGACUACGAGCUGGUAGUGGCCAGUGGGAUUGCUGGCUGCUUCGGGGUUUUACUAAAUGUUGCCCUUUUCCUUUCAAAUAGAGUGAGAUGUUUGGGGACUCUGUUUGUGAUGUCUAUUUUCAUGAAGAAGAGCCGGAACUUGCUGCUGACUGCUGGAACGAGUUUAGUUGUUCUUAAAAAUAUUCAAAACACUAUGAGGAAUCUCAGCCGCCUAACACAGAGUAUGAUCUGCAACCUGAAGGCAAAGAAAGCAUCCAUUGUUGCUCCAUUUAGCAACUAUGUCAAGAUGUUGGAGUGGAUUGGAGGCAUCCUCAAAGGAGUUACAGACCUUGGAGUUGUCAACCUUGACUCAAAAUUGAAGGUUUCACCAAGAAUAGAAUCAGAAGUGUUCAGGUUGAAACUGAGUGAGGCCGAGCAGAAGCUGAAUGAGACUGUAAAAUAUGUUCAAGGUGUCAUGGAAACAGUUUCCUCUGUGACAGACAAGAUGUUUCCUGCCAUCAGCUUUGUCGUGCUAAUGAUGUUCAUAGCUUUGCGCAUCAAAAAAUAUUGCAAUGACUUGAAAUAUGAAAAUAGCUACAUAAGCAGGAGGUUUGUUCUGUAUGAUGAGAAGCAGAAGGCUGAAGGGAAGCCCCACGUUCUCCCCCUCAACCCGAAGGAAGAGAAGCUUUACAUCUCCAUUCCUUCAGCCCAUCCCACCACCAGGGAGGGAAAAGCCAUGCUGAAAUUUGGAGUCCCAGUAAUCUCCCACUUUGUAGCUUGGACCAUUUUUAUAACAGUGGAUGCCUUGUUGUACUGCUUUGUUGAUAUUGUUACGAAAAGGUUAUCAGAGCUGAAGCCAUUCCAUGUCCCACUGAUGAUCAGUUUCAAAGGAAUUGCAACUUUGAUAGGUAUACCAAUUGAUGAAGAAAACCAUCAAAUGGAUUUUUCCUACUCUGUGACCUUGUUUGAGAGUAAAUGCCUCCCUGAACCCGAGCUGCUGUUGCAUUACUCUAUAUUACCCUUGAGUGCCAUCCUCAUCAGCCUGCUCAUUAUGGCUCUAAUGGCGGCUAAAAUCUCCCAGCUCAGGCUAAUGGUCUGUGAUCGGUUCUUUUCUGAUGCAAGCGAUGCAAGGGUGGAGUUCCUGCAUCGCAAAAUCCUGCGGAAAAGGUCAAAAAUGGUCAAGGAAGGAAAUGAAUGCAGCAUUAUGUCAUUUAUUAUAAAGCUACAUUUCUGGUGUCCGAUGCUCAUCCGACCCAAAGAUGAUCGUCAGACUAUUACUUAAGGAUAUGGUUCUCUUUACCCAUCAUUCUUUCCAGCACAGACCAGUGCAGGUCCGUUUAAAAUAUUGCAAGUGUUUUCACUUUACAGAAAUCAUGGAUCAUGGCAUUUGAAGGAUACUUUUCUAUUUUUUGCUACAUGGAUGCACUGAACCUAGAAUCAACCGCAUUUUUCUUGGUCUAGAUUAGUGAUGUCUUGAACUGACCCAAGAUAUUGACUUGAGGUCCCAUUCAUUGAUUUUCAAUUGCUGGUACCUGACAAAACUCAACUUCCAAGACUUAUUCGACAGGUCCAGUUCUCUAUGAUAUUGUCAGCUGCACCUCAAGUGACCCAUUUGUCCCUGUUCUGCAUAACCAGUUGUUAAAAAUAACAUCUGGGAUAACUACACUACGGACCAUGCGUAUUAUUUGGUUGGUCCACCAAGACUGGGUUUUAAGAUGAUGCUCACAGUGAAAUAAAAACUGUACUGGCUGCUGCAGCUCCUGGUCUGUGCCAUGUGGCCAACUCUAUGCUGUGCACAGGUAUUCCCAUCUGUUUGGAGCUACACAGAGAGUACCUGAAACACGUUUUGAAUUGUAUGAUAUUCAAAACAAAGCACUACGUUUCCGGAGCAAGAGUACAACUUUUUGGUAAGAUUUUUUUGUUUAACUAGAACCAAAGUUAAAUAUGUUACAAACUGAAUGAUCAACAAGUCAUAUUAAAACACAGUGUAAACAUGCUAGCAUAAGCCUAGCACUUCAAUAAACUGCUCUGGUUGAAAACAUCAUCAACAGCAACAAGAAGUAAGAUCACUGAAGAACACUGACGACAUGGCAAAUGAAUUAAUAGUUUUGUUACAAAUUGACCAAAAUUGACCAAAGUUGGCCAAAAAGGUGUUUCUCAUCUGCAGAUCCUGGAUGAAACAUAGUGUGUUAUUUUACAGCAUAUACAUGGUUUUGAAUUUAAUGAAAGGACUCGGUUUUGGCCAAUGCAUAAUCUUAAAUGAUUUGGAUAAGUUAUGGGGGACAAAAACAUCCUGAUCAAGACAUUCCCAGAUAGAUAAUCUGAUUAUUCACACAAAUGCAUAGAGGUCACUGUGUUCAACUUCCCAGUGAAAAAGUUGCAUCAAGGUGCUUUAAGCAGUCAUGCUUAGACGUGUUCGGGCAGACGUUGGUAGAGGCGGCCAUCCAAGACUCCAAGUUACCUUCUUGAGUUCUAACUACAACUCUCAGUUUUGCACCAGCUACAGACACCAAAACCGUAGACCGUAAACUCAUUUGUCUUUGGUAUCAUUUUGGAAUGAGACAAGAACACAUUACGUAAAGCAGACAGAUCUAUUGACCUGACAUACAAAUGUGUGAGAAAAUGAACACAAUAAACAUAUUACAUUAAAUUGUAAUGUCACUGGGUUUGUUGCACUAUAUCUACAUGUAUCUAAAACCAAAAAGGAAGAGGAUAUGAAAUAAUUAAAUUCAGCUUCACUGAGUGCUAAUUUACAUUAUGUAAGAAGACAGAUAAUAUUAUUUAAGGAAUACCAUGUGUAGUGGCUAUAUUUGACAUGUUUGUGUUAUAAAUAGAUAUACGUGUAGUCUUUAUGUUUCUUUACAGACCGAAUGCUGCAAGUAUCCUCAAAUGCAAUGAGAAAUAUCCAGAUUUUACAUCUGUGUAUGAUGCAGGGGGUAGAGCUGCUCCAAUUGCUUAUAUAAUCAAUGACAGAUAUACCCUACAUGUGCAGCAAGCAGAACUGUGUUCUUUUCUUCAAUGCGCUGUCAUUUCCUAUAGAGAUCUUCCAGGAGCUUCUUUGGCUCUCUUAGUGCUCACAGCCAGCUUAGACUGAGAAAGGUGUUGAAUCAAAAAGGUCAAAAGCUGUCGACUUGAAUGCUUGCCCUUGGCAAUAAAUCCUGAUAGAAAAGAUAUGAAUGGUGUAAUGUUUGUUGCACAGUGUACCAUUUGGGAAACAGACAUAUAAAUAAAUGAACUCUUAAUAAGAAAAUUACUUAUAACUGAAAAGUCAGCCUUUACAAGCCCCAAUAUCUGCUUUGUCCUUUCAAUAAUUUAGCAUCUGUAGAUGGUGAAGGUAGAAUAAACCUUGAUAUUUUGCAUUGGAAUGUGUUUUCAAAUUCCUUUGAUCAAUUUGAUUUUCAGAGUUUUUUGGGCUCUGUUGAUGUUUUUGUCCCUAAAGCAUGAAGGAUAAAUUUCAAAAGAACUAUUCAGCACUAUAUUUCAUAGAAUCACAGUUCUGGAAACAGUUUUGUACUAAAGUGCCAUUUCGUAAUGUGUGUAUAGUCAAGGUUGUACAUUUGUGAAAAUAAACAACAGUUUGUUCCUGUCCUUUUUUAAUA